AUGGCGGGGCCGGCCCGGCCGCUCCCGGCGCUCCCCUCCAAGUGGGACAUCCGGGAGAAGGUGUGGGAGUACCUGGAGGCCUCCGGCCUGGCCGAGUUCCCGCGGCCCGUGCGCGGCCGCAUCCCCAACUUCAAGGGCUCUCUCCAGGCCUGCAGCUCUCUGGGGGAGCUGGACGUGUUCAGCAGAGCGCGGGAGGUGAAGGUGGAUCCUGACAAACCUCUGGAAGGUGCUCGGCUGGCGGCUCUGCAGGCCAGGAAGACUUUGCUGGUUCCCACACCACGUCUGAGGACUGGGCUGUUCAAUAGGAUUGUUCCUCCUCCAGGUGCAAGCAAGGAGAUCCUGAGAAGAUGUGCCACGUCUCAGGGUGUCAAAGACUACAGCGUGCCCGUGGGGCUGGAUGGGAAAGCACAAGUGGACUUGGUUGUUGUGGGAUCAGUGGCUGUCUCUGAAAAAGGCUGGAGAAUUGGCAAAGGGGAAGGUUAUGCAGACAUGGAGUAUGCAAUGAUGGUGUCCAUGGGCGCAGUGCGGGAGGACACACCUGUGGUUACCAUCGUGCACGACUGCCAGGUGCUUGACAUAGCAGAGGAGCUCCUGGGUGAUCAUGAUUUAACUGUGGAUUACAUCCUCACUCCAACAAGGACUAUCCAGACUAACUGCAAACGGCCAAAACCUCAGGGAAUAAUGUGGCACAAGGUCAGCUCUGAGAUGCUGGGAAAAAUCCCCAUCCUAAGGACUCUUCGAAGCAGGGAGAGGCAGGCUGGCAAGGAUGUCACCCUCCAAGAUGAGCACCCAGCCUUGGCAAACACCAACAGAGCAGCGAUCUCAGACGAGAAGGCGACGGCUGCAAACUCCCACGUGGAAAGCGACCCCGUAAAUCCCAAAUCCCAGGGAUCUGCCACAACCACCACAGUGUACGUGGGGAACUUGCCUGGCAGCCUGAGGGUGAGCGAGCUGAAGAGCGCUCUGAGGGAAUUGCAGGUGAUCCCUGUUGGGUUGAAGUGGCAGGGAGCACAGCACAGGGCUUUCCUGGAUUACAGCGAUCGAGGAACGGCGCACAGAGCCGUGUCCUCCUUGCAGGGCCUGAGCCUCGGGGGCAACGCUCUGAGAGCAGAGCUGGCCAGGAGCCAGAGGAGCAGAGGGCAAGGAGAAAUCAGUAGGCAUAAAUGAGUAUGGAGGAGAAAAAUAAACAACAACAAAAAAAGCUGUUUUCAUUGUUUUGUGAGAAGCCAACCUGGAGUUUUAAGGGUUUUGGUAACCCUGAGGUUUAACAAAACCAAAUUUCUGCACAACCUUUCCUCGCUCCUGCACUUGGACACGCAAAGGUUUGUCCCCACAGGUGACAGAGGAAGCAUUUCUCUAGAAACAGUUGCCCACAAAGUACCCACACUCUGGUUUUGGUGCUGUUUGGUGUUUUUGCUAAGCCUUAAGGGCUUAAAGCCCUGCUCCUUGGCACCUGCAGCAAGGCAGUUCCAGUCAUUUAAGGUUAGACCUGCCCCUUUAUACCUGGGAGGUUAAAAACCAGCAGCAGAAAAAUCUGUCCCAUGGAUUACAAUUCUGUUUACUAAAAAAUGGGCUUUGCCUGUUGGGAGUUUUAAAUUUAUUUUUUAUAAAAAUGGCCAAGGAAAGAGAGAUUGUCCUUUUUGUGCCCUGAAGAGUGGCUGUGGGAAAACUGGCUUAAUUCUAGGUUUGGUAAGAGCUGGUAGGAAAGAUGGGAACCCUUUUCUCAGCUUUUUGCUAAAUCAGCCCUUGAUAAACCUUAUAUUUCUUAUUUCAGAGGAAAGCAAAUCCCAGUUUUCUCUGCUUUUCCCCAAAACUGCCUUUCUGAUGGAUCAGAUAAUUAUAAAAUAACUGCUUUUCCUGAUCGUCUCUUCUAAUGGGUUAUGAUUCCUUUGCCUCUGUGAAAUAACAUCAUUACUAUUACUACUACUACUACUACUAUUAAUAUUAAUAUUAAAAUGAAAAGCAGGCUCACCAUGGUCAGAACUUGUUGGUGCUUAGCCUGGCAUGGAGUUCUUUGGGAAUUUGCUGGAGAUUGUAGCAAAUCCUCUGUGCCUUUGUUACCAUCCCUGACGCUCUUCCACACCAUCAUUGAGGAGGGUGAGACAGCACCACACGAUUUCUCCAGGUGAAAGUUCUCCCAGGCACUGUCCUGGACGUGAACAUUCCUUUCCAGUGGAAUGGCCAAUAAUGAUUUAUCUGCCAUGGCUCUUAUUACCUUUUCCCCCCCUCGCCCUUGGGUUUCCUGCUCCUGAAAAACAAGUUGAAUUUUGGCCCAGCCAUCCUUUCGAAACAGGAGCACUUUUGCCAGUGGUGCUGGGCAUGUAGUCAAAGUAAGCAUCUAAAUGGAUUUUUUUUUUUUUUAAGUAAGAGUCGGAAACUAUUUUUUUUUUUUUAGCCAGGGAGUACUGUUAAGUAUAUUUUAAGCAGAUUAUUAAGCCUCAAUGGUCAGCCAUUUAUUCAGCAUUAAAUAAAAAGUUCUCAUCGUUGUCAUGUGGCUCUGUAGGGAAGGGCUCAAGGAAAGCUUUGGAGCUGCCUCCAGCCCUGGAGCCCAGCACAGGAAGGACCUGGAGCUGUUGGACAGAGUCCAGAGGAGGCACCAGGAUGAGCAGAGGGAUGGAGCAGCUCUGCUGGGAGGAGAGGUGGAGACAGCUGGGGGUGAGUUCAUUGCUUAGGGGUGAGCUCAUCGUGGCUUUCCAGGUGGAGAGGGACAGGACAAGGGGAAUGGCUUCAAAGUGACAAAGGGCAGGGAUAGGUGGAGUACUGGGGAGAAAUUCUCCCCUGUGAGGGUGGCAGGCCCUGGCACAGGGUGCCCAGAGAAGCCGUGGCUGCCCCUGGAUCCCUGGAAGUGUCCAAGGCCGGGCUGGACAGGGCUUGGAGCAGCCUGGGGCAGUGGGAGGUGUGUCCUUGUUCACAGCACGGGGGUUGGAACAAGAUGAGCUUUCAAAUCCCUUCCAACCCAAACCAUUCUGUCACUCUGUGAACUUCUUGUAAGGUCAAUAAAGGAUCUGGAAAAAAUCA